CUAAGCCCAAAAAUCGAGGCUCGGAAAAGCCACUACGGUCCUUCCCCAAGAAAAGAGCCACUCCGUCCCAAGAAAAGAAAAUUCCGUGAGAAACUCGCCGCCGUCUCCUCUCCUCUCUACUAGUACUUGUUUCUCAAGAAGGAACGCUACCAAGCACCCACCCCGUGUAGAAAUAGAAACAAGGGCUUCAAACUCCGAUCCGCUUCCGCCGACACGAUGUUUCUCACGAGGACGGAGUACGACCGUGGGGUCAACACCUUCUCCCCGGAGGGGCGGCUGUUCCAGGUCGAGUACGCCAUCGAGGCCAUCAAGUUGGGCUCCACUGCCAUCGGCUUGAUGACUAAGUAUGGUGUUGUCCUGGCUGUUGAGAAACGCGUCACCUCACCGCUGCUGGAACCUAGCAGUGUGGAGAAAAUCAUGGAAAUUGAUGAGCAUGUUGGCUGUGCAAUGAGUGGCCUUAUUGCUGACGCCAGAACACUUGUUGAGCAUGCUCGUGUCGAGACUCAGAAUCAUAGGUUCUCAUAUGGGGAGCCAAUGACAGUAGAAUCUACCACACAAGCUAUCUGUGACUUGGCUUUGCGCUUUGGUGAAGGUGAUGAAGAAUCAAUGUCACGGCCGUUUGGAGUCUCUCUCCUUAUUGCUGGUCAUGAUGAAAAUGGACCCAGCUUGUACUACACGGACCCAUCUGGGACCUUCUGGCAGUGCAAUGCCAAGGCAAUUGGGUCGGGCUCUGAAGGAGCUGAUAGCUCAUUACAAGAGCAGUACAACAAGGAAUUGACAAUCGCUGAGGCAGAGACCAUAGCCCUUUCUAUCCUGAAGCAGGUUAUGGAAGAAAAGGUGACCCCAAACAAUGUUGACAUUGCGAAUGUCUCCCCCAGCUACCACCUCUACACUCCUGCAGAGGUUGAAGCGGUCAUCGCGAGGUUGUGAAGGAUUGCCACUUUGUGAGACAGCCUCUUGAAGGGAUAGUAGUGCCUGCCAGGUCGUUGCAUCUGAAUUCUCAUAUGCCAGUCCAGUCAUUCGUUUGUUUACAGUAGCACUAAGACGUUGUACCACCAAAAAGAAUUAUUUUUCAGCAUUCCAGCCAGCGCGUAGGUAUCACCGGCUGCAUUUGUGUGUGUUUGGUUCGUAAAACAUCUCUACUACUAAAGGCGACUUGGUGAUGGUUUAAAAAAAGGGCGAGUUGGUGUUUGUACUCCAUCGGUUCCUAAAUAUAAGACCUUUUAGAGUUUUCACUAGAAAACUACAUACGGAGCAAAAUGAGUGAAUUUAUACAUUAUAAAAUAUGUCUAUGUACAUCCGUAUGAAGCUUAUAAUGUAAUUUCUAAAAGGUCUUAUAUUUAGGAACGGAGGGAGUACUAUAUAAGCAGAUGCAUGCUUUGCCGUCGACUUGACCCAUUUGAUUUGCCUUAUGCCGUCCAAAUGAAGAUCGGAUCACAAAAUCAUUCUACAUCGACUUCCUUUUUUA